GGACCCCGAAGCUAAAAUGUGCGACCCAUAGACUUUUUAUAGAAAAAUUGAAACCUCUGUAACUUUUGACUCCGAACACUUUGAUGCACAAAUGCAACGAUUUUGAGCUAGUCUCAGUGAGACCUUUCUAACGACGUAUAAAGCGUAUUUCUAACCCUAGCAGUUCUUAAGUUGAAAAGUGAUACAGAAGGACAUCUUUGCGCUUUAUGUAUUUAUAUAAGAUAUGAAGUAGAAUACAAAGAAAAGUUUGACAUUUCUAUCAGCUGAUAGGAUUCAAUAUGGCUACUCAGAAACCACGCUGUCUGUCUAUGGUCGAAGAGACGCCAACAAAUGAUUGAUAUCGUGUAUAAAAAUAACAUUGUAUAAAAAGAUAGUGAAACUUUUUUAAUUAUCGCAUUUCACAAUGGCUGGCAGCGAAGAAGUAUUAGAAGGAUUUAUUUGUCCAAUAUGUAUGACAGAUUUCAAAGCACCGUAUCAAUUGACUAAACAUUUCGAAGAUUUUCAUAAUGAUGAUCCAGAGAUUUUGAAAUCGCUUAAAGAUCUUUUUGGCAAGGCUAAAAAGAAAAUUUUAAAGCAAGAUGAAAUAUCAGAAUCAUUUGCAGAAAACAUAUCGCAUAAGAGGCAACGCAGUCCAGAAAUUAAUUGGGGACCUCAAGAAAUAGGUGCAAUAAAAUCACAUACAAAGUACUUUAAGGAAAUAAGAAAUAUGAGACUGGAACGAUAUUCUAGUGAAACAAACAAACUUCUGAUAAGACUAGAUAAAUUAUUAAAUAAUUUACCAAAUGAUCCAGUUGAUAGAAAAGUUCAUGAACGUACCAUUGUGCCAUGGAUAGAUGAAAAGGAUGUAAAAUUAUGUCCAACUUGUGCAAAGAGCUUUCAUGUUGCAAGAAGAAAACAUCAUUGCAGACUAUGCGGUGCUGUUAUGUGCCACAGUUGUACAAUAUUUCUAUCUUUACACGAUGCAAAAAAAAUGACAAGUCCUGUAUCUGUACAAGAUGAUUUAGCGGUAUCUCCUGUUUCUGAACGCCCAAUUUCAGAACGGAUAGUACGCGCUGGUAUCGGUCUUACAAAGCUAGCUAGGUCACCGUCCAGUAGUAGUUUAAACAGUGUAUUAUCACUGGUUAAUGAUUCAACAGGUACUGAACAGCAUUUUAGGAUUUGUACGCAUUGUGCAAAUCUUCUUGAUGCACGAGAGAAACAGAAAGCAAAACAUUUUGACAAACCAAUUGUAUGUCAGUUCUAUGAAAAAAUGAGAUCAUACAUGGAAGAGGCCUCUCAACAUGUCAAAAUGUAUAACAAAAUGUGGGAAUCCUUAAGCGAAGGAGAAUCUACGUAUAAUCUAGAAGAUGCUCAAACUUUAAGAGUUAAGAUAGCGAAAUUAGGAGAAAAUAUAGACUUGAUUAGCAAAAGAAUAUCUGUACUUGGAACAAAGUGUGUGGAAAGUCCUCCACAGGAACAAGAAGUACGACUGCAUCACAUGGUCAGAGUAUCCGCAAUGAUAUUUCUAAAGGAAGAAUUACUAAGCGUGCAAGCUUUGCCUUCGCCAGAGAAAUAUGCAGAAUUACAGAAGGAACGUCAGAAACGAUUAGAAGCUAGAAUAGCGUACGAAAGACAAUUGGAAGAAGAACAAAGGGAAAGGUCGAAGGAACAACGUAGAAGAGAAGGAUGGAAUACCGAGGUUCGACCUCCUGUAAAAGAUAACACACAAGAUAAACCGGCAGUGGUGUUGAACCAAUCGCAAGGUUGGGGUCCUUCUAAUGUUACACCUAUAAUGCCUCCUUCUAUGGAUCCAAUAAUCGAACAAAUGAGCAAUCUUCGAGCUUAUAUCAAGCAAGCUAGAGCUGAUUGCAGAUACGACGAAGUUGCAACGUUGGAGAGUAAUCUUAAAGAACUUCAAAGCGCCUACUUUACUAUGAAACAAAGUAAUAAUAGCGAUGGAUAG